GCGCACUGGCCGCCUCGCCGGUGGAGGAGCCGCAGCGCUCCUGGCUGGGCGCCCCCAGCCUCUCCCCAGUCCCCGCCGCAGUGCCGGGCGUCCUCUGUCCCGCCGCGAGGAGCCGAGGCCCCGAGCAGCCUAGGACAGCCAAGACAGCCACCCCCCUGCGCCCCGGUUCCGCGUCCUUCCGAGGGGGCGCAGGCGGAGGAGCGGGAGGCGGCGGAGGGAGCCCCCUGCCCGAAGAUGCCCUUGCCUUGGGCCCUGGCGCUCCCGCUGCUGCUCCCCUGGGUGGCAGGUGGAGGAGGGAACGCGGCCGGUCCAAGGAAUCACGGGUUGUUGGCACUGUCACUCCAGCCCGGGGUCUGUCGCUAUGGAACCACCCUGGCCUGCUGCUAUGGCUGGAGGAGGAGCAGCAAGGGAGUCUGUGAAGCUACAUGUGAACCUGGAUGCAAGUUCGGUGAGUGCGUGGGACCAAACAAAUGUAGAUGCUUUCCAGGAUACACCGGGAAAACCUGCAGUCAAGAUGUGAAUGAGUGUGGAGUAAAGCCCCGGCCGUGCCAACACAGGUGUGUGAAUACACACGGCAGCUACAAGUGCUUCUGCCUCAGCGGCCACAUGCUCAUGGCCGACGCCACAUGUUCCAACUCUCGGACAUGCGCCAUGACCAGCUGCCAGUACGGCUGUGAAGAUACGGAGGCAGGGCCGCGCUGUCUGUGUCCAUCCCCGGGCCUCCGCCUGGCCCCAAACAGAAGAGCUUGUAUAGACAUUGAUGAAUGUACCUCUGAUAAAGCCGUCUGCCCCUACAAUCGAAGAUGCGUGAACACUUUUGGAAGCUACUACUGCAAAUGUCAUGUUGGUUUUGAACUGAAAUAUAUCCGUGGCCGAUAUGACUGUGUAGAUGUCAAUGAAUGCGCUGCGAAUACCCACACGUGCAGCCUCCAUGCCACUUGCCUCAACAUCCUAGGAUCCUUCAAGUGUAAGUGCAAGCAGGGAUAUAAAGGCAGUGGACUUCAGUGUUCUGUUAUCCCUGAAAAUGCUGUGAAGGAAUUCCUCAUAGUACCUGGUUCCAUCAGAGACAGAAUCAAGAAGUUGCUUGCUCACAAAAAUGGCACAAAAAAGAAGGUAUUCAUUAAAAAUGUCAUCACAGAACCCAUGGGGACUCCCACCCCUAAGGUUGGUUCUCAGCCCUUUGGCUCUGAAGAGAGUGUUUCCAGAGAUGAGAAGCAUCGUGGAGAAAGAAAGAGGAGUGAGGAGACAAAGAAAGAGAGGCCGGAGGAAGAGAGGCGAGACGAGAAAGCCCUGGAGAACCACGUGGAGCAGGAGCAGAGCCUUCGGGGAGAUGUGUUUUCCCCUAAGGUGAAUGAAGCGGGUGAACUUGAUCUGAUUGUGGUCCAGAGAAAAGCUACAACGUCCAGACUAGAACACAGAGAUUUAAAUAUCUCAGUUGACUGCAGCUUUGACCAUGGAGUCUGUGACUGGAAACAGGAUGGAGAAGAUGAUUUUGACUGGAAUCCUGCCGAGCGAGAUAAUGCUGUUGGCUACUAUAUGGCAGUUCCGGCCCUGGCAGGCCAGAAGAAGGACAUUGGCCGUUUGAAACUUCUCCUCCCGGACCUGCAGCCCCAGAGCAACUUGUGUUUGCUCUUUCAUUACCGGCUGGCUGGAAACAAAGUAGGGAAGCUUCGAGUGUUUGUGAAAAAUAGUAACAGUGCCCUGGCGUGGGAGAAAACCAGGAGCGCAGAUGAACGGUGGAAGAUGGGGAAAAUUCAGCUGUAUCGAGGAGUUGGCACUCCCAAAAGCAUCAUUUUUGAAGCAGAACGUGGGAAGGGCAAAACCGGAGAAAUUGCAUUGGACGGCGUCUUGCUGCUCUCAGGCUUCUGUCCAGAUGGCCUUUUAUCUGUGGAUAAUUGAAUGUUACUGUUGUCUCUUAUAUCUUUAUAUUCGCCUUUGUAUGUCAUCUCUCUCUCUUUUGCCAUUAUAUCAUAGGACUCCCCCCCAUUUUAGAAAUACAGACUGAAAGAUUGUAAUCUACCAGCAGAAUCAGUACUGUAAGAUGACUUUCUUGUAUAAGAUGCACCAAUGUUUUUAAAUAUUGUACCACUAUGUCUUCUUAUU